UGUCUGGGAAGCGUGGCAGUGUCCCUCUCACACAUUGGAGAUUGAAAUGAGAAGAUACAGAGCACAGAGCAGAAGAACAAAGCAAGAAUCUAGGAGGAGACCCCAUCCUGCCAUUCCUUCCCAGCUGCAGUGGCCAACAUGGAUUUUUUCAUCGUCUGUCCCUUUCUGCUGGCCUUGCUGCUGUCCCAGGGCAGCUUCACAGACCUGGAGAAACAGAGAGUAGACUCUGGCUUGGAAAUCUAUAAGAAGCUGUUUGAGGUGAAGCGCAAGGACCAGAUGAAUGCUCUGAAGAACUUGAUUGAGCUCAAUGACGUCAACCAGCAGUACAAAAUCAUUGACAUCAUGCUCAAGGGACUCUUCAAAGUGCUGGAGGACUCCCGUGCUGUGCUCAUCGCUGCCGAUGUGCCUCCUGAUGGGCCCUUCCCUCAGGAUGAGAAGAUAAAGGACGCAUACUCCCAUGUGGUGGAGAACACCGCCUUCUUCGGGGACGUCGUCCUGCGCUUCCCCAAGAUUGUGCACCACUACUUCGACCGCAACUCCAACUGGAACAGCCUCAUCCGCUGGGGCAUCGGCUUCUGCAACCUGACGGGUGUGUUCGAGCAGGGACCCCACUCCCAGGUCCUGAGGCUGAUGGCUCAGGAGCUAGGAAUCAGUGAGAAAUCACCCGAUUACCGCAAUCCCUUUAAAACGGACCAGUCAGAGUUUUUCCCCAGUGCUGACACCUUUCAGAAGGCCCUGCGGGAUGAGGAGAAGAGGAGGAAAAAGGAAGAGAAGCGGAAGGAGAUCCGCAAGGGCCCACGCAUCUCCCGCUCACAGUCGGAGCUGUAGCACGCUGGGACUUGUGCCUUGGAGUGGGGGUGACACCACUGGGACACAGAGUGGCUUUCUCCCUUUUCGGCAGCUUUGGGCCGGUGCCUGGCCGUUCCCUUUCCAUUUGUGCUGUGGGUUUUGUUUUGUUGCCUCUCGUUUUUGUUCAGUGGAGGUUGCGUGGUGGUGCUGGUGGGUUGGCCCGAAGGGGCUCAAGUGGGAUACCCCUUCCACAGAGGUAAAGCACAGACAGGACAGCACUGGGGCCAUCCCCUGGUCAGGGUGUUGCUGCCUGUGGGGAAGUAGGGUGUGGGGGACAUGCCUCUGGUGGAGCCCAGGGAUCCCUCCUCACUGCAGCAUACCGCACACUGAAGGUGCCUCCUCCAACACGGGUGGGCUGGGGAGUGCGUCACACCAAACAGCCUCAUGAGCAAUGCUGCUUCUCUCAGUUUUGCUUUUCGUUGAGCUAAACGGGUGAUCUCAUUGGCACCCCCCACUGGGUUCUACCUGGUCUCUGCGCAGCUGCUACCUCUGCCAGAUCAGACCUUCCCUUUUCCCAGCGGCUGUUCCACCGAGCAACGUGUGUUUCAUUGCCCAGAUGUAGUUGAAAAUGCCGAUGGCAGCUGUUCCUGGCUGAUGGCAUCUCAGGGCCACCGCAGGUUAUUCCUGCAGGGAGGCAAAUGCCCGGUGAAUUUUUGGACAGGCGGAAUUUUGGUACUUGGCCUCUUUGCAGCCAGUGCGUGGCUGUAGUGCAAGUGAUGCUGAAGAUGCUGGGGAGCCGGCCCUGAGCAGCUGAGAGCCUGUCCUGCAGCCCGUGCCCCAUCCCUUCUCUUUGGGGCUCAUCCUCUCUAAAUGAGUCCCCGAAGCCCCUUGUCAGAGGACAGCCAGACAAGAGCAUGUGGCAAUAGCAGGGCCGAAGUAGGGAGGGAGCAGCUUGAGGGGCUGCAACCCUCCAUGGGUGUUGGCUGCCAUGGGGACAGAGGCGAGGGCAUGGCCCAGGACCCGACACAACCAGGCUGUGAUUCCUCUCCUGUGCCGAUGGCCUCGCAGCAGAGCAGGCUGUUGCAGAGGGCUUUCCCCGAGGAUGCCAGUUCUCUGUGUCGGGCUGGCAGCAUCGCAGCCUUUGAGGAAAGGGAAAUGUCUCCGAUUUUUUAACAGCAGAGCCAAGUCCCUCCAAUGAGGGGAGGGGGUGACAAUGGGCACGUUUGGUUUUUCUUGAAUAAAAUAGACUUUAUUUUUUUUUUGUAAGUAGAAGAAUCCUGGCUCUCGCUCCCGUUCCUGGUGGGAGCGGGUGUACGCCAGAGAGCGUCGAGGUUGGCCCCCUCAGGACGUGAGGGUCCGUGGGCGCUGCGGAAGGAAGGACAAACCCCGUGCUCUAUCUACCGCCGCCUUGCAGCUGGCUUUCCGCCGCCCAUCCCGGCGGCAUCCCGGGACGCGAGCCCUGCCCGGGCCGCGUUUCCCGUGGGCGGCGAAGGCGGCGGCGUCGGUGCCGCUCCCACGCGCGGCGCUGCCCCGCCCCCUCAUGAAUAUUCAGCGGCGGGGGCGGGGCGGGCUAUGCUAAUCGCAGCUGCUGAUCGCUGACGCGCCAUCACACCACGCGCCGCCGCGGCCGCCGAUUGGCCGGGGACGACCUGGUCUCAUUGACAACAAACCGCGGGGGGCGCGCGCGCCCGGGCCGCGGGGGCGGGGCCGCGGGCCGGCCCAAGAUGGCGCGGGGUCGGCGGCGCCCGCCGGCAGCGGCAGCAGCCUCCGCUUGAGCGCCCGGGGCG